UUUUAAUUCCUCUGGAUUGAUCAAACAUUCUGAGAAAUGAACAAGAACAACUUUGACUGGAGCAGGUGGCUCAAGGACCUCCCCGUCGACCCACUGAAUGGCAUCGUGAUUGCGUUGCUCGUCAUCCUUGUCGUUGCACAGUUCUGGAAGCCCUUGCGGGGUUGGCCGCGCGCCUCUGCUCCAUUCGAACCCCCGCAAGCCGGGCGAGCUGCUUCCACUCCAAGCUGGCUGACGAAUGGUAGGUUGGACCAGUUCAAGACACUCGACCAGGUCCAAGCAGCGCUGCGAAAGGCGGGCCUCGAGUCCAGCAACCUGAUUUUCGGCAUCGAUUUCACCGCUUCGAACCACAGCCAGGGCGAAGUAACGUUUGGCAAGCGAUCCUUGCACUAUCUAGACCCAUCUGGAGAGACCCUCAAUCCGUACCAGAAUGUGAUCAGCGCGCUUGGUCGCACGCUCGCGGCUUUUGAUGAAGACAACCUGAUUCCUGCCUACGGGUUUGGAGACAUUACCACCAAGGACCGGCAAGUCUUCCCGUUUCUGGCGGACGGUCCUUGCAAGGGCAUUGAGCAAAUUCAAGAGCGAUACAAGGCCAUUGUCCCGCACCUCCGGCUGAACGGCCCUACAAGUUUUGCGCCACUUAUCCGACAGGCGAUCAAAGACACUUACGAGAGCGGCAACAUGUUCCACAUUCUGGUGAUUAUUGCCGACGGUCAGGUGUCAAACCCGAAAGAGACGAUCGACGCCAUUGUGGAGGCCUCGCGCUAUCCUAUCGCGAUCGUCAUGAUUGGCGUGGGUGACGGUCCCUGGGACAUGAUGGAAGACUUUGACGACAAUCUUCCCCAGCGCCAGUUUGAUAACUUUCAGUUUGUCGAGUACCAUCGGACAGUGGCGCGCUUUGUGAACCAACAAGACGCGGAUUGCGCGUUGGCUUUGGGCGCACUGAUGGAGAUUCCAGACCAGGUCAAAGCGUUGAAGCAGUUGAAGCUGAUUUGACAAACGCUUGCGCCCAUCGACUCUUGCCACAUUUGAAGAUGUGGGGAAAGUGCAUCUCGUCAGGUCCUACGAAAAAGGCCUUCAUCAUUUCACUCCUACCGCCAACCCCCCCCCCCCCCCGCGUGAGCUUGAGCAAACCGAGUUGCCGACGAGUAGCGCCCGCAUGACCAGGGGCGCUUUUGCACCAACCGUUCCUUCAGUCCAUCCCCACAAGUCAAUCUUUGCACCUGAUUUUGUUCCUUCGCUUGGUGGUUUUUCAGCUUUAGAAGCUUUUUCCACUCUCCAAUAAACGCAAUGCAAAAUAACA